GAAGAAGAAGAAGACCUGUGACAUAUCUGGGUUAUCGUUUCUGUCUGUGCAUAAACUCUUUAGACGUGCCAGUCCUGUGAGAGAUUGAUUGUCAUUUGAUUUCAAUGGUUUUAUCGGGCUGAACCGUCAUUAGAAGUAUACCGGUUUUUGUAUUUUGACUUGCGGUGCUGUUGUUGUUAAACAGUUAACGUUAGUGGCAUGCUUCUCACUGGCAGUGAUAGCGGUUGGCUAACAUAGCCAGCUAGCUAUCUAGUUGCCAUUCAUUGAUUCUGACUUUCUGUUUUUAUUUUCGUUAACUGGUUGGCGAGCUAACGUUUAUUAGCAUACUAGUUAUUCAAGAUAACUAGCUAGUUGCUUUGAUUAAGGCUAGCUAGCAAGGUUACUGAUUUAACUGCGACGAUGCUAUGGUCAGUUUAUGACAAGAUGUUGGACAUCAAAAACUAGCUACCUAGCUAAAGUUACAAUUAAAUAAUGGGAGGUUUAGUUGACAAAUUGUAUUUGAAGAAGUAAACUAGAGGGAGCUAGUGGUUUAAAUGGCAAAAAUAGAACCAGUCAAUGGACUUAAAUCAGCAGAGUCCCGCAAAAGUUUGCGCGGCACGACAGAAAGUCUGGCACUGACAGAUGGAGAAGGCAACCUCUUCGGCUCGGACCUAAAUGUCUAUACCAGUGAGAGACAGACGGAUAAAUAUGGAUUUAUUGGGGGUGCACAACAAUAUUCAGAACAAUCAGCUGAAAACAUCCCUCCUGAGGUGCUGAGGCAGAGGGAGGCCAAAUGGCUGGACAUGCUCAACAACUGGGACAAGUGGAUGGCAAAGAGACACAAGAAGAUGAAGCUGCGCUGUCAGAAGGGCAUACCCCCCUCUCUGAGAGGCCGGGCGUGGCUCUACCUGUCUGGAGGAAAGGUGAAGAGGGAGCAGCACAAGGGCAAAUUUGAGGAGCUGGACAGCCAGGCAGGAGACCCUAAGUGGGUGGAUGUGAUAGAGAGGGACCUCCACAGACAGUUCCCCUUCCAUGAGAUGUUUGUGGCAAGAGGAGGCCAUGGGCAGCAGGACCUCUACCGUGUCCUGAAGGCCUAUACUCUGCACCGGCCAGAGGAGGGUUACUGCCAGGCCCAGGCUCCCAUUGCUGCUGUGCUGCUAAUGCACAUGCCUGCUGAGGAUGCAUUCUGGGGUCUGGUCCAGAUCUGUGAGAAGUACCUUCCCGGAUACUACAGUGCAGGGCUGGAGGCGAUCCAGCUGGAUGGAGAGAUCCUGUUUACUCUGCUGAAGCGGGUGUCUCCUCUGGCUCACCGCCACCUGAAGAAGCACAAGCUGGACCCCAUCCUGUACAUGACGGAGUGGUUCAUGUGUGCCUUCUCCAGAACCCUGCCCUGGGUCUCCGUGCUGCGCGUCUGGGACAUGUUCCUCUGUGAGGGAGUGAAGAUCAUCUUCCGGGUGGGCCUGGUGUUGUUGAAGUGCAUGCUGGGCUCCCAGGACAAGCUGAAGACGUGUCAGGGCCAGUAUGAGACUAUGGAGCUGCUAAAGACCAUAGAUACACGCUACAUGCAGGAGGGGUUUCUAGUGCGGGAGAUUCUAGAGCUGCCGGUGUCAGAGAGGGACAUUGAGAAGGAGCACCUGGCAUCAGUACGGCGCUGGAAGGAGACCCGGGGUGAGUUGCACUGCAAGUCCCUUCCCAGAAUGCACGGCGCCAAGGCCAUCAUGGCUGCCGAGCCGCCCAGUCGCCAAGACUUGAGACAGAACCCCACCAUCAUAGUUGAGUCGCCCCUGGCAACCAAGAGCAAUGGGGAGGACAAGGAAAGGAAAAAUACCAAAGAGCAGAAGAAUGGGAAGAAAAACAGCUCUCCGACCCCAGUGGCAGCCUACCUUGAACCCAGCGAGCCCUCCCCCCUCCUCAAAGACACAGCCCUGCUAGGCUCCAAUCAGAGCCUGAGCAGCACAGAGUAUGACACCUACCUGUAGCAGUGGAUGUUGAUGAACACUAGAGGGCUCUGUGGGGCAUUUUCCUGCCCUGACCAAUGAAAGAACUUGAUUGACUGGUUGAGGGAAAAUCAAUCAUCUCUAUAUCAUCGUCAUAGGUUUAAAUGAAGGAAAUUAACAUUUGCUGGACAAUUCCUGUCACUAGACCAAAGCUUGAUGUUUUGACAUAUAGUAUGUGUUGUAAGAGCCAUGUUGUCUGAAUUAUUCCUGAGUGUGUUUUUGAUUCUUUGCUGAGCUCCAGAGAACAGAGUGUGUGGUCAUGCAAUGGGAGAAACAUGGUAGAAUGCCAGUCGAUAGACCACUCCUAUCAUACUCAGCCAUGUCGAUUUCAUUUAGCCGUUUUGAUGAGAAGUAUAAGCUACUUGUGUAUAGCUGUUUAUUAACUCUGCACAAUUUCUUUGUAUACAAUCAUCUAUGUUUCACAAAAAUGUGUGUCACGGUCAAAUAUUUUCCUGUAGAUAAGAUUACACCUGCUGAAAUUGACGUUUCUGAAGGGAAGAACUGGGUAAAAAAAUGAUUGUACAUUUUUGUAUGGUAAAAGGAUUUCCAUAAAAACUGCUGUAGAUUUUCACACUUGCACAUAGCGUAGUAUAAAAUGUAAUAUACUAUAGAUUUUAUAUUUGUCUAAGAUGAAGCACUUUGUCCCUGGUCAAUCCCUUUAAGAAUAGAAUGAACAAUAACAUUUUGUUUGUCUUCUCUAAAAUUGUCCAUGUGUGUGUGUAUAUACACUGAACAAAAAUGUAAACACAACAUGUAAAGUGUUGGUUUCAUGAGCUGAAAUAAAAAAUCCCAGAAAUUUUCCAUACGCACAAAA